GACCUCCUUGCCUCUUCUCCUCAGUCCUCUCCAUUUCUGCCCCCUCUGUCCCUCGUAGCCGCCGGCCGGCGACCGUCGCUGCCAUCACCCGUUGCUGCCGCGCCCGUCGCUGCCGCCUCUACAGCCCUCUCUAUUAAAACCAUAACAUUUGCAAUUCUCUCUCCCAUAAUGAAGCAGAAACUCAAAUCCAAGAACUCUAGCAAGCAGAAGCGUUUAUCUGAAGUUGAAGAAAUCCAGCGCUUGAACUCAUGGAUUCAAUCCCAGAAGCCCGACUCAGGCUCCAACCCUAUGUCGCUCCCUCCGCUGCCCACAGAUGCUCCCGUUGGCCGCAUCAGUGCCGAUUCUUACUCGCGUUACGCGGGAGCAACAAGGUUUGAUCAUUUGCCUAUUUCGAAGAAGAUGAAGGAUGGGUUGCGUAAAGCUGAGUUCAUUGAUAUGACCGAUAUUCAGAGGGCUUCGCUGCCUCACGCGCUUUGUGGCCGAGAUAUUCUUGGUGCAGCCAAAACUGGAUCAGGAAAGACCUUGGCUUUUCUCAUACCUGUUCUUGAAAAGUUGUAUAGAGAGAGGUGGGGUCCCGAGGAUGGAGUAGGGAGUAUAAUAAUAUCUCCCACAAGAGAAUUAGGAGCUCAGCUGUUUGAUGUAUUGAAAGUUGUUGGGAAAUAUCAUAAUUUCAGUGCUGGCCUUUUGAUUGGUGGUCGUAAAGAUGUUAACACUGAGAAGGAGCAUGUGAAUGAGUUGAAUAUUCUUGUUUGCACUCCCGGUCGGCUUCUUCAGCACAUGGAUGAGACUCCAAAUUUUGAUUGUUCACAGCUUCAGGUUUUAGUCCUUGAUGAAGCAGAUCGAAUUCUUGAUGUUGGAUUUAAGAGGACUUUAAAUGCUAUUAUUUCGCAGCUACCCAAGCAUAGACAAACCUUUCUGUUCUCAGCAACUCAAACAAAGUCUGUUCAGGAUCUUGCCAGACUCAGUUUAAAAGAUCCAGAGUACCUUAGUGUACACGAGGAAUCUGUGACUGCUACCCCUAAUCGUUUACAGCAAACUGCUAUGGUUGUUCCUCUUGAGCAAAAGCUCGACAUGCUAUGGAGCUUCACAAAGGCGCAUCUUAAAUCUAAGAUUCUUGUGUUUCUCUCUAGUUGUAAGCAGGUGAAAUUUGUUUUUGAAACUUUCAAAAAGUUGCGUCCGGGAAUCCCAUUGAAGUGCCUCCAUGGAAGGAUGAAGCAGGACAAAAGGAUGGGUAUAUAUUCUGAGUUCUGUCAACGUGAGGAGGGCUCAGUCCUCUUCUCAACAGAUGUAGCCUCUAGAGGCCUUGAUUUUAACAAGGCAGUUGACUGGGUUGUACAGGUUGAUUGCCCAGAAGAUGUGGCUUCUUACAUACAUAGAGUUGGUCGCACUGCCCGCUACCAUUCAGGUGGGAGAUCAGUUUUAUUUCUUAUGCCCUCGGAGAUGAAAAUGCUUGAACAAUUACAAUCAGCUAAAGUACCUAUUCAGCUUAUCAAGGCAAACACAAAAAGACUUCAACCGGUUUCUGGUUUGCUGGCAGCCUUGUUAGUCAAGUAUCCCAAUUUUCAGCAACUUGCUCAAAGGGCCUUUAUCACAUAUCUACGGUCAAUUCAUAUCCAGAAGAAUAAGGAAGUAUUUGAUGUUAUGAAACUGUCAAUUGACGAAUUUUCAGCUUCAUUGGGGUUACCAAUGACCCCAAAAAUCCGUUUCAUCGAUCAGAAAAGGAGGAAGUCAGAGAAGGUGUCUGCUAACUCUACUUUUCUUGUGUUGGAAUCGUCUGAUAAGGAGAAUGCUUUCAAGACAUCAGAUGGAGAAUUGGAGUAUGGUGACUUUAAAGAAAGCGACCAAGGACUCCUUCCCCCAGCUCCUAUUGAUGCCGAUGCCCCUUCUAGUGAAGUCGAAGAUGCAGUGCCACGUACUCGGAUUUUGAAGAAAAAGAAGCUAAAGAUCAAUGUCCACAGGCCAGUAGGGACGAGGGUUAGUUUUGACGAUGAGGGCAACCCACUUGCCCCUCUUGCUAGGCUAGCUGACAUCAAAACUAGCAUUGAGUCAUUUAUAGUCGAUAACGAUAAAAAAGACGAGUUUUACAAAAAGAGGAGGGAAGAGUUAAAGGAAGCUGACAAGGAAGACAAACUUCUGGAGCGUAAUCGUCUUAGAGAGAAGCGGGACAAGGAGAAGAAGAAGAAAUUGAAGAGGGCUCGCAAAGAAAGUCAGGACGACGACGACAUUUCUGGGGAUGAAGAAGACAGGCCUCAGAAAAGGUCAAAGAAAUAUUAUUCCGACAGUGAUGGCGAGGUUGACAAUAAAGUGGAAAACAACUUCAAUACAGAGUCAAGCUCAGUGGCAGAACUAGAAGAGUUAGCUCUCAAAUUGUUGAGUUCUCAGCGCUCAUGAACUACAAUUGGUAUGGUAUUUAAACUCUUCAAAAUUCAAUAUCAAGUAGUUUUUUAUUGCCUCAAAUUUUUCUAGUUAGAGUAUCACCUCCACCAUUAACUGUGGAUGGUAUUCUUCUUCUGGGGUUACAGCUUCAAUAGAGUCAAAGUUUGGUGGCAGUUCAAAUAGCAGAAUUAGACUUUUUUUUUCCUAUACUUUUCUAAUUUACUUGUGACCUGAAGUUGGAGUUUUGCUCUCCUAUACUGGGCACCCCACCUCUAAGGUCUGGAUCGGGAGGAUAUUAAGAGUUUUUCGUAUCAUGCUAAGGUCCGGAUCUGGAAGAUAUCAAGAGUUUUUCGUAUUAUACUUAGAGAACUAGAGAAGUUAGAGCUCAUGAGAUUUACCAUGGUCAAUUUUCACCAGAAAUGUUUUUGUAGUCUGAGUUUAUCACCCCCAUAAACCGUGGAAGGUUGUCUUGUUCUGGGGUUACAAUUUAUAUUCUUUUGUAGCAUUUUGAAAUGGGUCUCUUCUGUAAUUAUUUAAAGAAAUAGAUUUACUGCUUUGUAAUUUCAAUUAUUACCUCAGCGUUUCUUUAAAAACAAAACAUAAGAAACGUAUUUCCCUUUUAAAUACAUGAGAAUUAGAUUCGAGUA